ACCCCAAGGAUAACCCACAGCAUUUGUUAACUAGUAUUGCUUGUUUAGUUAGAAGUAGAAGAAAAAGAAAACCAAGAACAAAGAAGAAACAAGAUGAAGUUGAUUUGGUGCCCUAACACAGCUUCAAUUUCUUAUAUUGAUACUGUUAAAUCUUGUGAAAAUAUUGAAGAAUCGAGUGUAGCAGAGCUAAUAUCAGCCAUGGCAGGUGGAUGGAAACCGCAAUUCAUAGUAGAAACCUGGUAUCCUGGACCUGGUGGCGGGAUUUCAACAAGUGUUGGUUUAUCAAUAGCCAGUCGUCACACAAGUGCACGACACGUCUGUAUUGUAUCAGACGAACAGACGAGAAUAGAGUAUACUGAAGCCAUGCAAAAGGUAUUAGGCGUUUCAGCAUCAACUCCAUUUCCAGAGAUUAUUGUUGGAGAAGCAGAACAGUUGAUGAAAGGAUUAGUAGGUGUAGAUUUCAUGGUGGUUGACUGUAGAUGCAAAGACUUCUCAAAGAUACUUAGGUUUGCUAAGCUGAGCCAAAGAGGUGCAGUUUUAAUCUGUAAGAAUGUUACUUCAAGAAGUAACUUUGGGGUAUUUAGGUGGAGAAAUGUUCUUAGCUGCGGUUCGCGGGUGGUGCGGACAGCUUAUCUUCCUGUAGGAAAGGGAGUUGAUAUUGCACAUGUAGCAGCAAGUAGUAAUCCGAAUUCAUCGACCAAAGCAAGUCCUAGCCGGUGGGUUAGAUAUAUCGAUUAUCAAUCCGGCGAAGAAUACAUCCUUCGAAAAUAAGUGUUUUUGAGGCUUUUCUUGUGUUUUGCUUGUUUUCUUUUUUGUUCUUGCUCCACUGUAAAUAUUAUGAAAAUGAAGAAGAAAGAAGUUAUUUGAUGUU